AUGUUCAAGAAAUCUGGUGGAACAUUCAAGCCAGUAGCCGACUACGCAAACCCACCCAAAUAUGAUCAUCAAAGAAAUUACAGGCCCAAAGAUGACUGGUACCUUAUUGAAAUUGGCCCCGAUCUCACGUACCAUCGCGAUUUAUUCGUCGAAAUCAUCUACGCCGAGCAUACUCUCCGAGCAACGGUCCAACGGGUGGAGAUGAUAAAGAAAAACAUUCAAGCCCUCGAGAAAGCCGCAAGCAUUGAGAAUGAUAAGACUCAGCUUUCCGGCUGGGAGAAAGAGCUGGAGCAGCUUCAGCGAAAGUGCUGGAAACAAGAGUUGGAGCUCUACGAGCAUGAGCAGCUGAUCCCCGAGUGGCCUUUGAAACAGAACUACGAUUUGCUAAGAGGGAGCGCGGCAUGUCGGAAUCUUGGUGGCUUGGCUGCGUGA